AUGGCUGAUUUCCGUGGGCUUUGCGUCCUGGGUUUGGUCUGGCUAUGGUUGAUCAUAACAAAUCAAAAACUUGCAGGGUCCUGCGAUGUGGUCGGGGAUUCAAUGUUGAACACCAGAUUAGCCUUCUUUAUGCUCAGCAUUCUCUGUUUCCUGGUGAAAAACAGGCGCGCCUUGUACACCUUCGUAGAAGCAAAUAUGAAUGCCUGGUUCCCUAACGCAGAACAGGACGGCCGUGCACAGAUAGACGAUGUACAGCAGCUUCUCCCAAGGAGAGUGCCUUUUGCUCAACAGGAAAACGUACCGGUAGUUCAGGGGAACCGGGGUUCUUUCCGAGAAGCCGCUUCAUCCUCUCAGCUGCCUCCCCGUCCUCUGCUCCAAGAUGACUGUCGCCCAUCUCUCUACAUCCAGGCCCAGCAGGCCAAUGCACAGACAUUGGCUUUCCCACCAAACAGAUGCCUUGAAGAACAGGGGAUAGCCACUGCUCAACGUCCCAGGAUUCAAGUGGACCAUUUCGCUGACCAAGGAUACGCCCCUGGCCAACAACUCCGGAGAAGUGCCAGGAUUCAGGCAAAACAGGGACUCCCUAGAAGCCCAAGGUGUUUCGGCUGCGGAAAUUGACAAUGUUUUGGCGAGAUUAUGAAACGUAUACACGAUCGUUCCUGCGUAUCCAGGGAUUCUUUCUCCACUCACUCAACCAUCCACAGAAUCAGCUGGAAAAGUGGGAAGAUUGAGGCUUAAUCAAAACUGUUCCUGCCAGAUGAGGACUUUGAUUGUAUGCAUGAUUAUAUUAAACUGAGCUUUUUAGAUUAUAUC